AUGAGGUGGAUCUUUGCCGUCUUUGCUAUAUCGUCGUUCCUCACGGCAGGAGCGAACGGCGAAGCCGCCGACUCCCUGACUCCGGGCGCCUCCGUCGAUGCACACACGACGAGCUUAAGCUAUAUGUACAAGUACAAGAAGGCCAGCGCCACGCUCGUUCAAAUGUGGAGGCAAUACACCGCACUGGAAUCUGCUGUGCGUCACCUCUUACGGGACUACAACGUCGUGGUGAAGCAACAGAAGUAUCGGGAGAUGGUGCAGCGCGUUGCCAGCAGCCAGCAAUCCACGGAAAAUAUGAUUACGGGGAAGAAAAAGGGAGGACUCAACCGCCGCAGUAUCAAGGCGGAGGUGACUAGUCUGAAGGAACUCAAAGAACAACUCGCUGCCGAAUCCCAGCGAUUGGAACAUCUUCCCACAAAGGACGAGCCAGAGAAGCUACUGGAGCACAUCGAGCUUGAUGAGACGCCAUUGCAGCUCUCUCGUGCGUUGCGCACCGAAAACGCAGAACUUUUACGGAAGUCCCUGAAGCAAUGCUCCAAGACUGUCGACAAGCUUUUAAAGAAACAAAAGAAUUUGACCACCUUCAUCAAAGGACUGAAGUCUCGCCUGAAUAGCAAGGUCCACGAGCUCUUUAUCACGCAGUCUGCAGCGACUGGAAACGUAUUUGAUUCGGACGCGCCGCUUACCAUUCACAUCCCUAUUGGCAGUCACAUGUGA